GAAUAAAUGCUGGAUAAUUUAUUUGUCAAAUGCUACUACAUUAAGAUUAAUUUUUAACUAGUAAUGAGGAAUUUGGAGUGUUUUAAGUUCCUGUUAAUUAUUGUAGGUUAAAAAUCAAAAAACGUUUAUUAAUUGCAUUUUCCAUUUCUAAGAAAGCACACAGGUAUGGUAGAACGUAUGCAUAAGAUUUCAUUAAAUGACAAAUCAUUCUACCUAUUCUCGAAUCAAUCUGUGGACGACAAUCUUUCAUCUUUGACGAUAACAAAUGGUGAUGAGUUAUAUCUUGGAGAGCUGUCCAUGCAAGAUAUUCAGGAGAUGGCAUCUGAAGUAGAUAUGUCAAUUGAAAAGUAUCAAGCCUUGAUAAAAGAAAGUUUUGGUUAUAAAAGUGGCUCACAUGACUUGGGUAGAUUUGCAUACCUGUUACAUGGUGAUGGUGAAUCUUACAAGUUUAUCAUAAAGCAAGAAUUAGAAGGUGGAAUAUUGUUUAAACUUGGCAGUAUUGUAGUACACAAACAAGAGACAUCAUCUGGCAAGGUUAUAGAAAUAUUUGAUCACUUACAAGAUCAACUGAAGUCGCUACAGACUGAAGUGUCCAAUUUUAAAAGCUUGUCAAAAUCACUUGAGGCAGAUAAAAAGGACAUGUGCAAAAGACUAGAAGCAUAUACGUCAAUAAAAAACAGUUUGGAACAAGACUUGUACACUAAGUUUUCGUUGGUGUUAAAUGAAAAGAAGGCACGAAUCAGGGAAUUAAAGACGCAACUCUCGCGAUUCUGGAUCACCUAUCAAAACAACACAACCUGACACUGGAGAUGAGCGUACUGACACGGAUGAAGGCAUGGAUACGGAUGAGGAAAAAGGCAGCUUAACCAAGAAAUCCUCUGAUCUUGGUGGACCGUCUUCUCCUGACUUUAUUUUAGAUGAAAAAAUAGCUGACGAUGAUGA